AGUCUGGCGCCCGAGUCGCGCUCCUCAUCCGACGAACCACGCCAAGAGUGGACUGGUGGACGGCAAUCGCAAUCGCAAUCUAUCCCCUUUUAUCGAUCGCUGGCACUCGUUGGCUUCUCCUUCGCAUCGAUCUCUCCUCGCGCGCUCAAUUCAAUCGAUCGAGUUAUUUUAGGUUUUCUAUCUCAUGUUGAGUGGAAGCAGCAUGGAUGAUGAUUGGGACUUUACUAUCUCAACCAGUUCUGUUAAUACCUUGGUUCUAUUUGGAAAAACUGGCAACGGUAAAAGUGCCACAGGAAACAGUAUUCUUGGUAGGGAGGCAUUCUUGUCAAAGCCUAGCUUGUAUGGUGUAACGAAUACUUGCGAAUUGCAAAGCACUAUGUCGAGGGAUGGCCGUGUCGUGAAUGUCAUUGACACCCCAGGACUAUUUGAUCGUUCUGAUGAAUCUGAGGCCACUAGUAAAGAGAUUGUUAGAUGUGUAAAUUUGGCAAAAGAUGGCAUUCAUGCAAUACUAGUGGUUUUUUCUGUUAGAUCACGUUUUUCCCCUGAUGAAGAGGCUGCAAUUGAAAGUCUAAAAACAUUUUUUGGUGAGAAAAUUCUGGACUAUAUGAUUGUCGUUUUUACUGGUGGAGACGAUUUAGAAAGUCAUGGACAAACUCUUGGGGAUUUCAUAGGUUAUAAGAAGCAUCGGUCCCUGCAGAAGUUUCUCGAAUCUUGUAGACACAGGAUUGUGCUUUUUGAUAACAAGACUAAGAAUGAGACCAAACGAGCUGAGCAGGUGCGGCAGCUUCUGUAUCUUGUGGACUCUGUGAUUGCAAGCAAUGGUGGAAAACCAUUUUCCGAUAAGCUUUUUGAUGAACUAAAGGAAGGAGCUUUGAAACUCCAUCGUAAAGAAACAGUGGUUGAAUCUUUGGAGGGUUACUCUGAACAACAGAUUUCUGCAUUGAAGGAAGAAAUAUACAAGUCAUACGAUGAUCAACUUGCACGAAUAACUGAAAUGGUUGAGAAUAAGUUGAGGCAAACGGUAGAGAAACUAGAGAAGCAGUUGGCUGAAGAGCAAGCUGCACGACUAGAAGCAGAGAAGAUUUCUCAGGAAGCCAGGACGAGGUGGGAUGAAGAGAUUAGUAAGCUUAGGGAGAGCCUGGAGAAUGCUAGGAGGGAUGCUGAAGAAUUCCGAAUGCGUGCAGAGAGUAAUAAGAAGUGUAUCUUCCUGUGAACUCAAUCUCAUCAGGCAGGCAGUUAUCUCUACCUUGUGUCUUUUGAUUAUAUCUAGCUUUUGGGCCUUUCCAUGAGAACUUGUUAUAUAUGUUUUUGGGGAAACAAUUAUGUAGAUACAUUAUAUGCAUGUGUGUAUGUAUAUAUUUGACAGUCUAAAUUGUGUAGAGUUAUUUGGCCUUGUCCUCGUGGUUUA